AUGGCUCAGAACGCCCCCGAGAACUACGUACCACUCUAUGCUACCCAGGACGAAUGGCAGGACAAAGAGCUUCAACAAUUUGCGAUUGACUUCUAUCGUAUCUCGGACAAUCCUGAGGAGAAUCAGCGUUGGGUAGACUCUUUCACGGAAGACGCAAGCGUGCAGAUUGGCGCUGACAAGGCGCGUGGCUCAAAAGAUCUGAUCGAAUUCCGAAGUCGGAUGUGGAAGCACAUCAAAGAGCGCAAACACACGGUUCUCAAAGUCUUCCCUGGGCGAUUCUCAGACUCAAACGAGUGCAUGAUUCUGGGAGAUGUCAGCGUUACCACGACAGAUGGGCGGCUCAAAGAGGCUGCUUGGUCGGCACAUGCGGUCGUCAGGAAGGUUGAUGGAAAGUGGAAGUUCAGCCAAUAUCGCGUCUGGCUGCAGACUGAUGGACAUCUGCUGUGA